AACAAUCGUUCUCAGCUGUUUUCGCUGUCAGUGCACAUGUAUCGCACAAGGGUUGCCAACAUUUUUUCUUUUAAGAAAAAUAGUUGAAUGACAGUAUCAAAGUAUUUGCAAAAGUAGCAGAAGAGGUUAGCAAAAACAAAUCCUUAACCAUUUCGGCACUACUUUUCCAAAAUUCAACGUUAAUAUGGAGGCUAUUCCCGAUCAGAAACACUACAACCUAACGCAUUAUCAACAACGGUUCAAUUGGGAUUGCGGCAUUUCCUGCAUCAUCAUGAUCCUGUCGACAUCACAACGCGAAGUACUAUUACACGAUUUCGACAAAAUAUGUGCGGAGGAAGGCUUUGGUUCCAGCACCUGGACAAUAGAUUUAUGCUUCCUGCUACAACGCUUCCAAGUGCGCCACGAAUACUACACAAAAACGCUUGGUAUCGAUCCAAGCUACAGUGAACAUAGUUACUAUACGAAAAUUAUCAAUAAGGACGAAAAACGCGUUACGCGCAAGUUUCAAGAAGCGCGUCUACAUGGGGUAAGCGUCGAACAACGUACAAUAGAAAUGGAACAGCUGCUGCAGCAUUUAGGUAGACGUGGGCCUGUGAUAUUAUUAACCAACGCAUCACUACUGACGUGUGAAAUUUGUAAAAAGAAUGUAUUGGAGAAAUUCGGUUGUUUCCAACUCUCUUGUAUCGUUAACAAUACACGCACACCACAAAGUUAUGCAGGACACUAUAUUGUAUUAUGUGGCUAUGAUUUGAAAUCUCAACUGGUUUUCUAUCACAACCCGGAAGUGCAGGACGAACACGUCUGUCGUUGCACUGUAGCGGCAAUGGAUGUAGCGCGGAAAGCCUAUGGCACAGAUGAGGAUGUCAUACUGAUUUUUCGGAAUUGAGGACAAUCAUCUUAACACUAAUGCUUGCUAAAAUUAUUUAAAGUUUCUGCUAUCACG